AUGUUCGACCACCUCUUUCCACUCGACCCAACCUCGCCGCUCAUCGCAUCCGCCGUUCUUGCCUUUGUCCUCUUUCUUACAGCCAUGCGCUCCUUCUUUUCUCCCAAGAAACAGUCUUCUGGCGAAUUACACGUCAAAUGGGGCCGCGAACGGCUCUCGUUUCCCUUUCCGUCUCCAGACACAAAACUCGGUGCUCUGCGCGCAUCCCUCGCGGAUCACACACACCUGCCGCCCGCCUCCUUCAAGCUCAUCCAUUCCGGCGCAGUAAUGAAAGAUGACAAUGCCCCUCUAUCAGCCUACCAAAUCCAACCCGGCUCGCAUCUCCUCCUCCUCGAACACACCCCCCUCCAAGAACCCUCCUCCACUUCUGCUUCCUCCAACUCUUCAAAUGCACAGAAGAACGAACGACCCCUCCCGCCCGCGCCCCGUACGGAAGCGAGCACCAUCGAGACUAUAAGAGCUGAACUGGCGAAGGUGCAGAAGACGCUCGAACCGGACGUGGAGAGGUUUUUGGGCGAUAUCGGGGUAUCGGGUGGACGGGCGAAUGGGAAUGGGAAUGGGUCGAUACCGAGUGGGACGGAGACGUACGAGGAUGUUGCUGCGCCUGCACCGGGCGCUACACCCACCUCAGAUCCUUCCUACCCAUCCGCCACCUCAACACCAUCUCAUUCAACUCCCCCUUCAACCUCGCAUCCGUCGAACUCGCAACAACCAACAAAACAAACCCUCGAAUUUGAACACACCCGCCUCGGCGAGCUCCUCCUCCAAGCCCUUCUCAAACUCGACGCCGUAAGCUUCGAGGGCGGAUGGGAGGACGCGAGAAGGGAGAGGAAGGAGGCGGUGAGGGUCGUGCAGGGGUUGUUGGAUAGGUUGGAUGGGGGGUGGAGGGAGAGUAGGGAGGGGAGGGGGGUUGGGGUUUGAGUUUGCGUUACGAUGCGGUUUGAGUUGUUGAGGGGAUGGGUUGGGGUGGGUUGGGGCGGUGAGGGAGGGAAGGGAUGUAUGAAGGAUCAUGAUGGCGUAGAAGUCGGGGUAAGUUAUUGACCGUGUGCUCGUAACGUGAGAUCAAACCAAGUCGAAUCCUCCAAUAGACGUAUAAUCCUAUAUUUUUGCUCCAUCCUCUCCUUCGCGUUUU